UUGUGGUGCAGGCGGCUACUCCGCACCAACAUCGCCUCAGCUUCAGAGGUUCUACGGUCCAGCACAGGGGCCUCGGAGACGCCUAAUAGCAAACAUGAGCAACCCACCACAGCCCAUACCAGUUGUUCAGCAGCCCCCUGUCCAACAGAUUCCUGCUACUCCACAAACACAGGCCCACCCAAGUGCCCAGGGCGGCGCCUCUGGUUCCUCACAUAUGCAAGGACCAUUUCAAAUGCAAAAUGCACAGUCAGCAAGGCCCACUACAGGACAGCAACCAAAGCUUCAUGGAAUUCUCCCGCUUCCGCCCACAUUGAUGAUGAAGCUAAAUAAUCGGGUAAUAAACGUCACGAAGAGAGAAAACAUGCGGAACCCAGCACAGCCCAUACCAAUUUUUCAGCAGCCCCCUGUCCAACAGGUACAGGCAAGUUCACAGAAUUCUGAGAAUGAGGAUAUUGUCCACUUGACUAAUUUUUUCACUGUAAAUUAAUCUUAUAUCUUCUCCACAUCACUGAAGUUUACUGCCAUUUUCUUUUGAUGUCCUUUAUAAUGUAAAGUUUUCUAUAUGUCAUUAUUUUAGCCUGAUUUCCUUAUUUUGAAAAAAAAAAUAUUAGUAGAUUUAUGCAGUGGCCCUGCUGUCUGGCUGGCUUGUCCCCACCCAUAAACUUUUGAAAGGCUGAAUCAAUCUUUGUGACACUUGGUAUGUAUAUCAUGGUGUCUGAACCCAUCGCAGUAACAUAUUUCAUAAAUCCCCCGUGUUAGUCAGUGUGUAUCCCCCUUUUUGUUGCCCGACAGGGGCUUGGUAAAAAUGUUACUCCAGCAACAAAUAUACAUGCAACAGUAGAGGAAUUGUUGGGUGCAUUGUUUUCUGUGUGGUCUGCAUCAUAUCAAAGUAAGGUAGGUGAUCAGUUCUUGCCAAACUUAAUAAUGAA